AUGCAGUUCUUCAAGUUAGCCGCCGUGGCCGCCGCUUUGCUGGGCCAGUCCUCCGCGCUCCCCAGCCCGGAGAAGAACUGCAUUGACUCGGAGGUCCCCUACAUUCGUUCUUACUUCUACGUCGGGGGAGGGUACGUCGACGAUGGCUCCGGUGGACACAUCUUCCGGGACCAGAUGUACGUUGAGAAGCUGCUUCCUGUCAACGGAGUAAGCCAGGAGACGCCGAUCGUCCUGAUCCACGGGCAAGCUCAGACCGGUAGCAACUUCCUCAACAAGCCCGAUGGCGGUCGUGGCUGGGCCUCUCACUUUGUGAGACAAGGUUUCGAGGUCUACAUCGUUGAUCAGACCUUCCGUGGCCGUUCCGCCUGGAUGCCCGCCUAUGGCGCGUCCAAGCCAUCAACCUACUCUGCUGAGAUUAUCCAACAACGCUUCACUGCUGUAAAGGACUACAUGCUCUGGCCUCAAGCUAUCAACCAUACCCAAUGGCCCGGCACCGGUGUUAUGGGCGACGCCGUUUUCGACGAGUUCUACAGCUCCAAUGUCCAGUUCGUCAACAACGCCACGUACCAGCAGAAGACUGUCCAGGAUGCUGGUGCUCUUCUUCUUGAUAAGAUCGGCCGCCCCGCCGUCGUUCUUGGCCACAGCCAGGGCGGCCUCAUGCCCAUCAUCAUCGCCGAUGCCCGUCCUGAGCUCACCAAGGCCCUGAUCCUCCUCGAGCCCACUGGCCCCCCUUUCCGCGAGGCCGUCUUCAGCACCAAGGCCGGCCGCCCUUACGGCUUGACCGACAUUCCUAUUACCUACUCUCCAGAGGUCACGGACCCGGCCACCGACCUCGUUCAGCAGGCCUACGCCGCCAAGGGCGAAAACUACGUUGAGUGCAUGCUGCAAGCCGAGGAGCCUGCCCCCCGCCAGCUCGUCAACCUCGCCAGCAAGCCUAUUCUCCUUGUUACCUCUGAGGCCUCCUACCACGCGCCCUACGACCACUGCACUGUGGAGUACCUGCAGCAGGCUGGCUGCAGCAAGGCCGAGCACCUCGAGCUUGGUGAGGCUGGCAUCCACGGUAAUGGUCACAUGUUUUUCAUGGAGAAGAACAGCUACGAGAUCCAAAAGGUCCUUCGUGACUGGAUUCUGGCGCUAUAG